AUGACUGCCAACACAGUGAUGUGUGAGGGCAAAAAUGGAAGAGAUGGUUACCCGGGUCCACUUGGUUUGGAUGGCAGACCUGGGCCACCAGGACCAAAAGGAGAUAAGGGUGAACAGGGAGAUGCUGGGCCCAGGGGUGAUCAGGGUCAGGCUGGCCCCCCUGGGCCACCCGGCCCUCCUGGGCCUAGAGGACCUCCAGGCAACACAGGGAAGGACGGGCCCCGUGGACCCCCUGGAGAACCGGGUCUGAAGGGUGCUCCUGGACAAGAUGGGAUGGAGGGAGGCCAAGGAUUACCAGGAAAACCAGGUGAGGAUGGUGCUCCAGGUUAUCCUGGCCUACAGGGGCCACCAGGACCAAAGGGUGAUCAGGGGGAGCCUGGGGUUCAGGGGGACAGAGGCACAGACGGGCUGCCAGGCCUUAAGGGAGACAAAGGAGAUGCAGGGGAGAGAGGACCUCAAGGUGAAAUGGGUUACCCGGGGGAGAAAGGUGCCCCGGGCUCCAGUGACAUAGUCGACUUUAAUGGGAAACUGUUGGACGCGAUUCAGGGACCCCCUGGUCCCCCAGGACCCCCUGGCCCUCCUGGACUGCAAGGUCCAAAAGGAGAUCUUGGCUUACCUGGGCCCUCAGGAGUCGACGGAAAACCGGGUCCUAAGGGAGUGAAGGGAGACACUGGUGAUCCAGGAACAGAGGGAAAGAAAGGGGAGAAAGGAGAGAUGGGUCUGUCUGGUCUGACCGGAAUGGACGGACAGAAAGGAGAAAAAGGAGACUGCAGACUGGAGGACAAUCUGGUUCAGAUGAUUUCACAGCCUGGUCCUCCUGGCCCUCCAGGGCCCCCAGGGCCCCCAGGCUUCAUGGGCCAUCAUGGAAUGCCAGGACAAAAGGGUGAGCCAGGGGAGAGCAUUAAGGGAGAGAAAGGAGACAUGGGAGCUCCAGGACCACAGGGGCCUCACGGUGUCCAGGGACCUCAAGGUGCCACUGGGUUGGUUGGUCUACCAGGUGCAAAGGGUGAAAAGGGAAAGCAGGGAGAGCCUGGGUUGGACGGGUUUCCAGGGCUGACAGGAGAAAAAGGUGACCGUGGAGAGAAGGGAGAAAAGGGAGAUCGAGGAGCAGUGGGAAAGCGUGGUCUAAAAGGGAGGAAAGGAGAGCAGGGACCCCCAGGGCUGGACCAACCCUGUCCCGUGGGUCCAGAUGGACUUCCCAUACCAGGUUGCUGGCACAAGGAUGAAGCAACAUUGCAGAGACUCAAACGUAAGCGCCUCUCUCAGCCCUAA